CAUGUGAGAGGGGGAAAGGUUCAAACAAUAGCAUGUCUCCCCCCACUAUUUGUUUACCAAGGACUGGUUGAGCUCCCUGAAUGGAAGUUGGCAGUACCUCUCGCUAAAUCGGACAGGUUUGGGACAAGGCUGCACAAUGAUGACUGAUUGGGAUUAUGACUACCUGAUCAAGCUCCUGUCAUUAGGGGACUCUGGAGUGGGGAAGACCACCUUCCUCUACAGGUACACCGACAACAUGUUCAACCGCAAGUUCACCACCACAGUGGGAAUAGACUUCAGGGAAAAGAGAGUGACGUAUUUGGGGACUGGUUCUGAUGGAAUGACAGAGAAGACUUUUAAAGUGCACCUACAGCUCUGGGACACAGCAGGGCAAGAGAGGUUCAGAAGUCUCACUACAGCCUUCUUCAGAGACGCAAUGGGCUUCCUUCUUAUGUUUGAUCUGACCAAUCAGCAGAGUUUUCUGAAUGUCAGGAACUGGAUGAGUCAGCUACAGGCAAAUGCCUACUGUGAUAGUCCAGACAUAGUCUUAGUUGGCACCAAAGCAGACCUCAAAGACCUGAGAGAUGUACAAGGAAAACAAGCCAGAGAGCUGGCGGACAGAUAUGGUGUCCCCUAUUUUGAGACGAGUAGUGCCACAGGGGUGGAAGUAGACCAGGCAGUGACCACUCUGCUGGACCUGGUGAUGAGGCGCAUGGAGCAGAGCACAGAGGGGCCUGUGUCAGAGGCUGCCAAUGGGAGCGCUGCCAUUAAUGACGUGGCUGAAACCUCCACCAGCAGGAAGUGUGCCUGUUAGGAUGUCAGCCACAUUCCAUGGACAUGUGGUUGGCUGCAUUCAGAAUGAAGGACCAUCCAUGUGUAACUAUUGCAUCAGGGGAGUUUUAUUACAUUGACAAGUUCAAUUAUCCCAUACAGUAUUUUAAGGAUGGGUAUUAUCCUCUUAUGCAAUAAUGUGUUUAUUUUUGGAUUGAUAACUGCUGCACUGACAAGCUUUUUAUUCCCAACCUGGUCAGUAUUAUCUUCCGAGUCUGUACAUGUACUGUACAGUAUGUUAAUGACCAGAAACAAGCAAUAUAACACACAAUCCAGUUUUAUAAUAUUGUAAAAUGAUUAAAAAGUAAAUGAAA